AUGUCUGAACCCAUCAAACUCGCCAUCCUUGACGACUACGCCGGCAUCGCCCUGCCUCACUUCCAACCUCUAACGACCUUUUCUAAAAUCGAAAUCCACACAUUCCCUGAGACCCUCAACGCACGCAUCCCCUCGGAUCACGAUGCGCUGGUGGCACGUCUAAAACCAUUCACCAUCAUCUCGUCGAUGCGGGAGCGGACACAAUUCCCCCGUUCACUUCUCUCUCAGCUUCCCCACUUAAAGGUCCUAUUGACGACGGGAAACAGGAAUGCGGCCAUUGACGUGGCCGCGUGUAAAGACCAGGCCAUCACCGUGGUCGGGACGGGCCCCAAACCCAACGCCGUCAAGGGUUACGACGCCACUAACGAAGUGGCUUGGUCCCUGAUCCUGGGGUUAGCCAAGGACCUCGCAACCGGUGACCAUUUGCUCAAGACGAGACCGGACGUAUGGCAGACGACACUCGCCUCGUCGUUGGCGGGGAAGACGCUGGGCCUUUUGGGUCUUGGACGGCUAGGCACCCAAUGCGCCGUCACGGGGAUCCUGGGCUUCGGCAUGCGCGUGCUCGCGUGGUCGAGCAGCCUGACGCAGGAAAAAGCCGAUGUUGCGGCUGCGUCGCGCGGACUACCCGCUGGCUCGUUCCAGGUGACGUCGUCGAAGGCAGAACUGUUUGCACAAGCCGACGUGCUCUCCGUACAUUACGUGCUUUCGGACCGGUCGAGGGGGAUUGUCGGCGCGCCGGAUCUGGCGGGCAUGAAGCCGUCUGCGUUUCUAGUCAACACGUCACGUGGACCGCUGAUUGAUGAGGCGGCAUUGUUGAGUGCGUUGGAAACGGGCGCGAUCCGCGGGGUGGGGCUGGAUGUGUUUGACACUGAGCCCUUGCCUGCAGAGAGUCCGUGGCGGAGGGAUGGGUACUGGGGCGUCGAGGGCCGGGGAAGAGUCCUGUUGAGCCCGCACAUGGGCUAUGCCGAGGACGAGACGAUGCACGCGUGGUACGAGCAGCAGGUAGAAGCGGUACGGGCGUGGUUGGACGGGAGGGAGAUCCCGGGUGUGAUUCGGUGA